CAAAACAAAAUUCAGAUACAACUGAGACUACAAUAACUAAAACUGGUGUUAAAAAUUUAUGGAAAGAAUGUGAAGAUGGUGAAUAUCAGUUACAUACUACAAUAUUUUCAACUACUGAAUCAGAUGAACCUAGUUUCGCUCUUAAAAGAGUAAAUAUUAAGGAUUUAGAUAAAAGAAAAGAAGUUUAUGGGAUAUGUGGAGAAUGUAAUGAACCAGGUACAGGAUCACAUUGGUGUCGACCUUGUAAUGCUAAAAGAUUUAAAGAAAAUUUUAAAAAUUGGACUAGUGGAAAUAAAAAUAUUGAUGAAUUGAUACAACAAUCACAACUUAAUGCUUUGCAUCCUUCAAAACGUCUUGAAUGGAUACCUUUUGAAAAAUUUGAAAAUGUUACUUAUCUUACCAGAGGUGGUUUUAGUAAAAUUUAUUCGGCUGACUGGCCCGAAGGAAAUAUUGAAUAUUGGGAUAUAGAAAAUCAAAAAUGGGUCUAUGAAUCAAGUAUAAAAGUUGCAUUAAAAAGUUUAGAGAAUUCAUCUAAUAUAAGUAAUGAUUUUUUAAAUGAGAUUAGAUAUUAUAUUUCAGAUCAUUUUUCUUGUUUUAAUACCGUCGUAUGUUAUGGAAUAACUCAAAAUCCAGAUACCCAAAAUUAUAUGAUGGUUUUACAAUAUUAUGAGAGUGGAAAUUUGAGAAAUUAUUUAAAGAAUGAUUUAGAAUAUGAGUAUAAAAUUCAAUAUUUAUAUUGGAUUAUAGACGGACUUUUAGCUAUUCAUGAUGCUGGAAAAGUUCAUAAAGAUUUUCAUUCGGGCAAUAUAUUAUUUUAUAAUGAAAAUGUCCUAGCAAUUAGUGAUUUAGGAAUGUGUCAACCAGUAGAUGAUAAUGAGCAAAAAGGAGUUUUUGGGGUAAUACCUUAUAUGGCGCCAGAAGUUUUACGCGGAUAUCAAUAUACAAAAGCGGCAGAUAUUUACUCAUUUGGCAUAAUGAUGAAUGAACUUAUGUCAGAAGACAUUCCUCAUAAUGAUAUUCCUCAUGAUCAUCUUUUGGUUGUUAAAAUAUGUAAAGGGCUUAGACCGAAAAUUUCUGAAGAUACACCAAAAUUAAUUGCAGAUUUGAUUAUUAAAUGUUGGAAUGCCAAAGCAGAAAAUAGACCAACCGCUAAAGAAUUACGUCAAAUAUUGUUUAAAUAUUUAGAUAACAUUGAUGUCGAAAGUAGCGAAAUUUAUUGUCAAAUAGAAGAAUGUGAAAAAAUUAAAGAGAAUAAAUUAAAAAACAGAACAAAUGAAAAUCAAUCUAAAAAUCUUCAAACACACCCACGAGCAGUUUAUACCAGUAGACUUGUAAAUUUUGAAAAUCUUCCAGAACCAGUAAAUUCAACUGAUUAAUUUAUCUUCAUUUCAAGAAACUAUUUCAUCAUCAUCAGUAAAUCCAAUUUCUGAAUGCUUGGAUUGCGAAUUAAAUGAAUUAGAUCUCAAUCAAGACGAUGAUAAUGAUGAAUGAUUUUAUUCUUUUUUAUUAUACAGUAUAUUACUUUUUUGAUUUACGGUACUUUAUUAUUAUAUUACAUGAAAAUUUUAAAAAAAAUUUCAUUUCUUAUUAUAUAGUAGUAUAACGAGUAGGGAUGGCAAUGGUUACGGUCAUAACCGGUCAUGACCGGUUAAUAACCGUGACCGAUAUCGGUCGGUCAA